UAUUAUAGGUGUCUGAAAAUUCAUUUUAUCUUGAAAUGGGCCGUCACUCAAAAACUUGAGCUCGGCCCAGGCAUUAUAACUUUUCUUCUCUGGGCUUAAUAGCAAUGGACCAUUGACGUAUAGUUGGCCCAAUUGGCCCAAUUUGACGAAGUAAGCCCUGAAAUUGGCGCCAAUGUCGCUGCAGCGUCAUGUUUCAUCAACCGCGGUGUUUGUUCAGUGCCACAAAUUUUCGAGGGAAAUUGAAACUGAAACCUUCUCUCAAGCUCUCGAGUCAGAAUGGUGCUAUUGGUCGCGUCGUCCUCCAUUGAUUCGGGGAUUGGUUGCUGGGACCUUCACACGGGUGCGGAGCAACUACGUUACAAGUCUUGUGAUUCUCCUGCUCAUGGUCUUGUUUGUGUUGGUGAAAGGUUUCUCGCAUGCUCUCUGCUCCGCGAUCCUGCUUCCACCGCUGGCUCCGUGCUCUACUGGUCUUGGUGUAAGGGUAUUUGAUGAUGGAUGGCGAAGGGAAGAGAAACAUUUUAUGAACAUAGCUUCACUGGGCAUCAUCUACCUGUUACUGAUAUUGUCGUUGGCUAUGGAGGAUCAAUGCUAUUAUAAUCUCUUCCUCUGUGGAUCGUACUUGUAAGGAAUGGUUACUUAUCACCAAUGAGUAAUGAGUAUUUUCCUAUCCUAACUUCUACCAUAUCAAAUUGUCUUCCGGUGUUUCAUAUGCUAUAUGUUAACUUGGCUCUUGUAGGUGUGGAGCUUAUCUAAUGGGAAAUUGUUAAGAAAUAUCAUAUUUCCUUCAAUCAUUGAUGCAAUUGCUUUGGAUCCUGGUGAACAUGUCUUCUAUGGUGGUGUAGAGUUGGGAAGUUCUACACUGCUGCACUUAAUGCUAAAUGCCCAUCCAGCAGUGCCUACGGAUUGCAUAUUCUCGGCUCAUUGUCUAAUCAAAGACCUGCUUAAUAGUAAUAAUAUACUUAUUGUUCGACAACAGCUCCACCCUAAAUUGCAGUCGACUUCCCAAGGUUCUUUGAGAAAGCACCGGUCACUAUUACCUCCUGCCCUUGCACAAUUUGAAAACUCAAAGGACGAGGAUGAAGACACUGGUGUUAUCAUUGGUCUAUCAGGCCCUCCCAUGGAAUCUAUGGGGUUUCCCCCCCUUAGUUCUCACAUGAUGGAUAACCAAAUCACCGAACUUCAGCAACAGGGUUCUGCUGCCACAGGAAUGGAGUUGGAAAGACUUCAGCGUGAUUAUGGAAAAUCCAUGCAAAUGCUACAGCAGUGGAGAAAAAUGUACGCCAAUUUACAUCAAUUUUAUGUUAAUGAGCUUCUUGAUGGCAAUCAAACUAAAACUUUACAAGACAAUUCGGUUUGAGCAUUUGUAACAGCCAAAUCCUAAGUCUACUGCUAGCAAAUAUUGUCUUUUUUGAGUUUUCCUUUUCGAGCUUCUCUUCAAAGUUUUUAAAACGCAUCUGCUAGGAAGAGGUUUUCACACCCUAAAAUUUUGUUUUGAUCCAUUUGGUGUUCUAGAAAUUGUAUAAUCGAGUCGAAGAGUCUUAGGUGGAAUUGUUAGAAAGACAUCCACGGUUAAUGUAAGUUCUAGAACCCUUUUUCCUAGAAUAAGAUGCGUACAUGGUGUUACUUCUGGAAGUACCUUAAGCUUGUAAGAAUAUUUUUGAUCAUGUGGGUGUUUGAUUCCGGUUGCAUGA